UUGUUUUGAAAAUUUUUGGAGUGAACGGACCGCGCGCGUCGUUUGCAGCGAGCAAAAAGCAACAACAACGGCGGCAAGGCGAUUAAACAAAACGCCGCCAAAACACACACAUCGAAAAAAAAUUAUUGUUAUCUGAAAAAGGCAAGUGCCCACCUCCCCUUUCCCAUUCUCAGAGUGUGCCAGCAUCGGCAGCUAUCUUUGUGUGUGCGUGCGCGAGUGUGUGUGUGUGUGUGUGUGUGCUAAAAUGCAUUAAUUACACCAAUACCAAGGCAGAUGCAACAACCACAGCUAGAGAAGGAAAAGUUAACACCAAUCCAAAUACAAUAAAAUAGAAACUAAAACACAUGUAAAAGGUGAAGCAAAAGCAAAUAUUAAUCCAACAAAAAAAAACCUCCAUAUUAAAUGAUAAAAAUUUAAUUUUUUUAUUGUUUCUAAUUAAAUUUCGUGCGUGAUGCGUCUUCUGCUGAAUAUAAUUCGCAGGGAGUUCGCAGCAAAAAGUCACCCCAAAAUCCCGAGUGCAUAAUACACAAAAAGAUAACAGAGAAUACACCCAUUAAAAAAAUUAAAUAAAGUGGUACUUUUGGACUCGGAUCGGUUUUGUUGGUUCGGUACGCAACGGGUGCGUGGUUACCUAUUUUGGAAGUUUUCGAAAUAGCAGCAACGUUGAUAGCUAUCGCCGCGAAAUAAACCAGUAUAAUGCGAAUGUUUCGAAUACAGUCCAAAAUGGGAUUACAAUAAUGAUACUACAAAGCCAGGAGAAAAGGUUCCGAUGAUCAGCCAAGGAAAGCAGCUCCAAUGGUCUCUAAACGCAAAGGUGCUAAAAGUGUGCAAGUGAAAAGGAAAUCUUACAAAAGUAAUUAAAAGAAAGAUAUCCAUAAUAGAGCCAAAAUCAAAAAGUCGAUAAUCGUAACAGUCUCUACACUGGAAUAUAUAAAAAGAGUGCAUAAUGUUUAAUGGGAAGGAGGGCGCCCAUUUAAAAUGAUGCCCCUCGAUCCGCGGCAUACGACGCGAUGCUCCUCCUAAAUAAGAAAAGAUUCUGCUGCAAGUGUUCCGUUGUCGAAACAUGGUACGCGACAACAGCCGUAACAUUUGUUUUGGAAAAUUAGCCGAAACUACUACGCCGCACCAACAACAAGCGCAGCAGCAGCAACAACACUUCGUUGUGGAUAGCAGCACUAUUAAUAACAACAACAUCAACAACAAUAAUCAAAUAUUAAAAAGGUCUACAGAGGAACCCCCGACAAAUAGCUUCGAAAGGAACUACUACGACCGCACCAGCAGCCGCUUAGUCAGUCAGUAUCAGCCAAGCAACUCUGCCUCCUUGGCGAAUUCGAACUCACACUCCAGUCCAUCGCACGUGAGCGCCUCUGCGUCUGUGUCCGCAACAGCGGUAGGAGGAUCUUCCGAGAGAUCGCGAAACCGAGAUCGCCUGUACAGGAAUGGUUCUGCCAGCGGUCACAGCGGCGGCAAUAACAGCAGCGGCAACAGCAGCAACACGACGACGACGACAGCAGCCUGCACAGCUGGAGCUGGAGGAUCUGGACCGGGGGGAGCUGGAGGAGUACCCCAGGCGCUAGGCGACCGAAGCAGCAGCCACAAUAUCCACCAGAACCAGCAGAGCGCGCGGGUGGCACCACCACAGUCAUGGUACGAAGCCGCCGCUGGUGCAACGACGGCCCAAUUAAAAAGUCCUGGUGGGAGUGGCAAUGCCGGCGCCUCAGCAGCCGGUGGCUUUAUAAUGAGCAGCUCACCGAUCAACCAUCAUCAGCACCAGCAUCCGCAUCUUCAGAAUUCUCAACACCCGCACUACAGCAGCCUAGCGGCAGGAGCCGUAGGAUCCUGUCCAUCUCCCGCCCAAGGACAAAUACAGAUCCAAACACAAUCGCAGACCACAGCCGUGCAUCGCAGCGUAGCUUAUGCGGGGAGUGCUGCGGAUGACUCGCUAACCACCGCUACCUCGCGCAAGAUGCUUCUGAACAGCAGCAAACUCAAUAAGCUACUUAAGGGGGCAGGAGCAGCGGGCAGCGGAGAAGCACGUUCUGGUUCAGAAUCGCCAGGAGGAGCUGCAGCUACUCCAUCGAUUACGACAAGUACAAUCACAAACAAUAGUUUUAGUAGUAAUAGUUUAAAUAAUACAAUAACCACGGCAACUCCGACGAUGCCAACGAUAGCAUCUGGAGCUGCAGGAUCGAUAGGAUUAGGAUCUGGUGCAGCAGCGGGAGCUGGUUCCAAUACCACUUCCGGUUCUGUCAGUGGCGACAUUCUAAAUGUAGCCGCUGCUUUGGCCGCCGCCGUGGACAAUGGAAUUUCUACGAAUCCGAUCCGGACGCGACAACACAUGCAUGGACGCAGCACCACCUCCUCCAGCCGCUCACACUCGCGAUCGCCGAGCAGCUACAGUAGUUCGCACAGCUCCUCGUCUUCAUCACACUCCUCAUCCCACUCGCACGCGUCCAGUCCCGUCCAAUCCACAGGCAAUUGCCCUUUGGCAGAGGGGCGUAGUGCGCGCACCUUGCAGUCAGUCGCCGUAAGCAGCAACUCUUCUAAUCCCAGUAGCAAUGUUGCAAACGCCACCAGCGCAGGCGGAGGCUGUGGCUCCAGUUCAUCUUCAAGCAGUAGCUCAAGUUCCAGCGGAUCCUCCUCUUGUUUGACUGGCAACCCGGUUGUGCAUUCCGAAGACAACCGGCCUCUGGCGAUACGUGUCCGUAACCUUCCCGCCCGUUCCUCGGAUACAUCUCUGAAGGAUGGUCUAUUUCAUGAGUACAAAAAGCACGGCAAGGUCACGUGGGUGAAGGUGGUUGGACAAAACUCGGAGCGCUACGCUCUGGUUUGCUUUAAGAAGCCGGAUGACGUUGAAAAAGCGUUGGAGGUCUCACAUGACAAGCACUUCUUCGGCUGCAAGAUCGAGGUGGAACCGUACCAAGGCUAUGAUGUCGAAGAUAACGAGUUCCGACCCUACGAGGCCGAGCUGGAUGAGUAUCAUCCAAAGUCCACGAGGACACUCUUUAUCGGGAACCUGGAGAAGGACAUCACCGCCGGUGAGCUGCGGGGACACUUUGAGGGCUUUGGCGAGAUCAUCGAGAUCGACAUCAAGAAGCAGGGCCUAAACGCCUAUGCGUUUUGUCAGUAUUCGGACAUUGUCUCCGUGGUGAAGGCAAUGCGUAAAAUGGAUGGCGAGCACUUAGGCAGUAACCGGAUAAAGCUGGGUUUCGGCAAAUCCAUGCCCACAAACUGCGUCUGGAUUGAUGGUGUAAGCGAAAAGGUCUCGGAGUCGUUUCUUCAGUCCCAGUUCACGCGGUUUGGGACCGUGACCAAGGUCAGUAUAGACCGAACCAGGCAGUUGGCCCUGGUUUUAUAUGACCAAGUGCAGAAUGCCCAAGCCGCAGUAAAGGAUAUGCGCGGGACGAUCAUGCGAGGAAGAAAGUUGCAAGUAGAUUUUGCGUCGAGGGAGUGUCAGGACGCAUUUUACGACAAACAGGAAAAACAGCAGCAGCAACCACAGAGUUCGAGUUCUAAUUCGCGAUUUAGUCGUUAUGAGUCGACUGCCUCCUCAUCGCAAUCCCGAUCCCGCGCAUCUUCUUUUAGCCGCCACCAGAACAAUUCAAAUGACAGCUGUUCCCCCAGCAAUACGCCAGGAGGAGUUAGCAGUGGAAUGGCCAGCGGAAGCAGUACAACUAACCAAAGCACCAACAGCAUAAUCACUUCAAGCAUUGGUAUCAUUGCGAACAGUGCGAUGCCAGCUCCCAGUCUAGCAUCUGGUUCAGUAAACAGUAGUGGCAACACCUCGGGAACGGUGCCCGCGGCCGCAUCUAUGCCCUUAGUAGCAAGUUCCUCCUCCAGUUUGAUGCCCAUGUCACCGGCUGCUCUAGCGCCGAGGCAUCGAAUGGUUCGAAAUGCCCGUCAAACCGUCGACUUUGACUUUAAUGAUGUGAGUCGCCUUCGGUUCCGUAACUCUGAGGAGGUUGCUGGAAGUGCAGGAAAUCCAACGCAGCCCGAAGAAGUCCACUCCGAUUCCCCAGUUAUUUCUCGACAAGGUACAGCUGUAAAUUGUUUGACUGGAUCUGUAGGAGCAUUUGGAGAAUCCGUCGAUGGGACGUUGAACAACAGUCGGAUUGGUGGUGGACCAUGUGCAGAGACGGGUGGGUCAGAUGGAUUCACUGGAUCCGGCAGCAACAGUCUCAGCCGAAGACGUUGCGAACAACUUGAGGAAUGCCCGUCCAGUGGUGAUGAGGGCGUGGUUAGUCCGCGUAAGCGUAUCAAAAUUGAUUAUCACCAUCACCACCAUCAUUCCAAUACCAGCGGGCUGGAGUCCUCUAACGAGCACAUGAGCAUCAACAAACCCAGUCCUCUCCCUUUGUCGAACUGUGAUGUAAUACAUGAUCCCCUCAACCGCAAAAGUGAAAUCCGGCGAGUCUCCGAGACCCCGUCUGGUUCCCUAAGUAUGAAGUUCCCCGGCCACCUGCCGUCCGCUCCCCCAUCCAUGAUGAUCAGCUGCCGGCGUCCGUCCAUCGAUGUGGGAGCAUUGUCGGCGCUUUCCAGUUCCUCGGCUUUCCGGCAUGGAAUCGUUGGAGCCAGUAGUAUGGAUCAGCAGCAUAUAAUAAACGCAUCAUUGGCUGCGAAGAGAAGACGAGUAACCACUACAAUGCAACAGCCCAGUUCAUCCCUAACCAGCGGUACGUCUAGUGGAUCUGUAUUAGGUGGAAUUAGUAGUCUACCGCAGGCGGAUGAUUUCCAUCAUCAUGUCUCCAGAGGCAGGGGCCAUCAGCUACAUUCCCAUCACUCACAUGAGGCCAGCGGUGGAGAGAGUGCAGAUGGAUCUCGCCCUGGAACGCCGUUGUGCGAUGAGCGACCUGAAGUGUUGCCCACAGAACCACGCCGCUUGCCUCCUCCCAGAGAAAGAACAAGGGAGAGAGUCAGGGAUGUGAUGUUGCUUCCCUUGCCAAAGUUCGGAGUGCUUUUCUUUCAGCAACAGCAGUCUAGAAGCAGUGGAUGCGGAACGGGGAACAGCUAUCUGCAGCAGCAACUGGGGGGAGGAUCUUCCGGAGGGUUGGGAGGCUUAGGAGUUUCAUCCUCCUCGUCAUGCUCCCUCAACAACUCUAGUCUAAACGCAAGUCAAGGAAUGGGCUGUUCUGGAUCCACAUUCCUCCCCAGCCCAUCCUCGCGAUAUUGGCGUUCCUCUUCGCACCACCAACACCACCAGCAUAAUCACCAGCAGCAGUCGCAGCAAUUGCACGGAUCCACAUCUUCCAAUUCUGGUUUGAUGGCCAGUCCAGCACGUCCACGUUCACUAAGUUCCAACUCCAGUGAUUCAGAUGUUCCUGGACAAAAUGCAGGAGGAAGUCCGUCACUGGAUGAACGACUCCGAAACUUUGAGGAAAAUUACGAGAGAUGGUCUGGCGGAAGUAGUAGGGAACAUGUUUCUGGACAUACGGCCUUAAGUGCCACGCCAACGUGGCAGCUCUCCAUGCACAUGAAUUUGGGCAGCGGCCUGAGUUCUCAUCAAACAAGUUCGGCAUCCGGAAAUAGUAACAGUUCAAGUGGAACUGUAUCCAGUUCUACGAGCAACUCCCGGCACAAGUUCCUGGACAUAGAUGAGCUCCAACCCUCGGAUAUUGUAAAAUCCGUACUGGCCAAGAAAAGCGUCUUUGAUGACGACUUAAAACGGUUGAAUAAAAAUCAAUGGUACGAUCCAGCCAGCUGUGAUUUCGCAUUGGGAUCAAGUUCCAAUACGGGUGUGGGAUCUUCUAGUGUAUCCCGACAUCCUGGCGGCCCAUGUAGCGGGAACACCUCACCUGCUUUGCCCAAUUUGUCUGCGAGCAAGACAACUACUAUUAUUGGAAGUUGUAGUAGUGGGUUGGGAAACUCAACGAGUUGCAAAACGGCAGGAUUGCUUCAGAGGCUAAGUAGUUUGUCACCCAUGAACUCUCCUCAAGCUUCGAUGUCUCCCUACAACAGUCCAUCCCCCUCACCUUCGGUGGGACCUUCAGCAAACUUGGGGCAGCUAACCAAACCUAUACCACCGGGCACAGUAAGUGGAGGAACUUCCGCCGCCUCAUCCUCACCAGCUGCCACUUCCGGGCCUACUAAAGGCCUGCAGUAUCCGUUUCCCAGUCACCCGCCAUUGCCAAAUACUGCGGCCCCACCGCCAGCUGUGCAACCGGCGCCACCACCUCCACCAGAAAUGGGUAAACAAUCCAGAUCAGCUGGCCAAGCUUCUGGUGGCAAUCUGACUAAGAGUUUAAGCGUGCCAGAUGCUCCUCAACCAUCGGCACCAAGAGUUCAACUUCAGAAAUCUGCCUCAGUGCCGGGGAGCACCAACAUGGGCACUCCCAUCAGCUCAUCCUCUGGAUCAGUAACAGCCUCUUCGUCCACACCUGCAUCAAUUUCAUCAUCAUCGUCCAACGGUAACAGUUCCUCAGCCACAGCAGCGACACAUGUACAAAAGCUACCACAGCCGACCUUCAGUGAGGAAGAGCAGUCGAAAAAGAGCGGUUUUUCCUCAUCCCAAUCAUCGAGUUCCAGUUCAAAGAAGAUCACCAGCAGUCACGACAAAUUACAUAGCAAACACAACAAUCGAUCGGACAGCGACAAGAAGAACAAAAAGUCUGAAAAACAUUCGUCGUCUGCUUCGGUCUCCGAUAAGCGAAAGAACUCUGGAACAUCGCAGUCCUCCAAAUCAGCUACUCCACGCAUUGAAGAUGAUUCCAGUGAGCCCGAAGAGCCAAUGGAUAAAUCCGAAAAAGACCAGCGUCAUGAGAGGGAGAAAAAGGAUCGGCAGGAAAAAGAGAAACGAGAGAAGGAUCUUCGCAAACAGCUCGAGCGAGAAGAGAAGGAGCGUAAAGCUGUGCAGGAGGAAAGAGAAAGAGAAGAUCGAAAGGUGAAAGAGGAGAAAGAAAUGGAAAAGGAGAGAGAGAAAAGGGCUCAAGAGGACCGGCAAAAAAAAGAACGAGAAGAGCAAGAGCUUAGAGAAAAGGAGCAACGCGAAAAAGCGCAAAAGGAAAGGGAAAUCCAAGAAAAAGAGCUGCACGAAAAGGCGCAAAGAGAGAAGGAGCAAAGGGGAAAGGAAUUGCGUGAUGAGCAAAGGGAAAAGGAGCUCCACCGCGACAAGGAUCAACGAGACAGGGAGCACAGAGAAAAGGAGCAACCUCGGCGCGCCGUGGAUACCGACCAAGAAGCUCGUAUAUGCAAAAUGCGUGAACUCUCCUCGUACCAGAAAAGCAAAACCGAUUCCACCGCUGAGUCCACCAGCUUCUAUUCCCAGAACAAUAUCGCUCCCUCUACCGCCUCUAGCGAUUGCCAGCACAACAAAGAAAACGCGGUAGAUGUCGCACCUCCCGGUACUCCGAUUGCUUCUCCAUCAACCCCUGCAGAUAGCGCCUCCAAGAAUCGUUCGCGAAAAUUGUCCAGAAAUUCUCCAGUGCGCCUGCAUAAGCGACGUCUCAGCUCACAGGAAAGCAACCACAGUGCCGGAGGUGGCGUAUCAUGUCAGUCAUCCAGUCAUCAGAAUCACAAUGAGGAUUAUGUGAAACGCAUACGAAUGGAGACCUCCCAGAACAGUAACCAAAGGUUAAACGAUCGUAGGGACUCCAAAGAGCACAAGAGUGGUAAUUCCAAGGAAGAGAAAAAUAGUAGUUCACACAUUUCAAAGACUCAUAGUAGUGGAGGAAGUUCUUUCUCAUCCUCAAAACAUCAUCGUCGGGAUAAGCAUCACCAGAAGAGCAGUGUUAUUGCCAUGGAAACCAAUCCCUCCAUUGAGAUGAUGGUUGACACCUCCUCCCAAACCAAGCAGCAUUUAAAUACGAGUGAAGAGGAACAGCAUCCUCAACCGAAAAAAGAGAAGGCAAGGGAUCAACCUAGUAGUCAGCAUCAUGGCAGUAGUUCAUCCUCCAGACAUAAAAGUAAAAGAGAUCAUCAUCAUCAUCGCGAGAAAAAGCGACAUUCGCUGGCGGAAUCCACAAACACAGAUGAAGAGCAUACACCUCUGCAGCAUAAUCCUCACAGGAGAAUCUCUGCUGCAGGAAGUGGAUCUGCAGGGGAACUCAGCUCAGCAGCCACUAAUACAUCGAGUGGAAAAACCCAUCACCACCACAGGCGAAGUGUGGAGCGCAAGUCGUCAAGGGGAUCUGAUGAAGGUCAUAACUCUUCGUCAAAAUUGCUUCGCGCCAAACUGAUGAUGCUAAGCUCCGCAGACUCUGAUGAUAGUGAUGAUGCCUCAAAGAAGCACUCUAUCUUUGACAUCCCAGACGAUUGUCCAAAUGUCUCAAUGUACGACAAAGUUAAAGCCAGGAGCUGUAAAAAUAUGCAACGCCAGGCUGAAGAAAAAAAGAUCAAGGCUAAGUUCUCACAGUUAAAGCAGUCUCGUGCCAAAAAGAAGCGAUCUACAAGCUAUGAUGGGGAUUCGGACACAGAGUUCGAAGAUCGUCAUCAUCGUAAUAGUGGAAGCAGCAGUUUUCAUGGUCGCUAUCCUGGGCUGUCCAGCAGCGAUGAUGAUCAUGAUGAGGACUGCCACCAACGGCGUAUUUCUUCCGAUUCGGAUGCAGAGCAUGGAGAUCAGGAUCACCAGGAUGCAGGCUCCCUGCCUGAUGCUAACAGGUUGCGUCAGAUGCAGCAGAAUUUGAGGAGGCUUUGCGAUGGUGACGACAGCUCCGAGGACGAGAUUAGAAGGAACGUGAUGAAGCACAGUCAUCUUGGUAAGAGAAACUCUCAUUCUACCAGAAUUGCAUCUGACUCGGAGUCGCAAUCCCUCCCAGCUCCUGAUUUAGCGAUCAAACAGGAACCGUCUGCAACUGCCGUCUUAGAAAUUAAAACAGAGCAGCUCUCUGAUAACGAACAGAAGUUCAAGUCUCGCCAUGAUUCUAAUUCCUCAAUAGAUGAACGCAAUUUGAAGACCGAAAGCGAGGUAAAGAAAGAGCUUGGAGAUUUCUAUAAUUCAGCUGCUUAUAACUAUGUUGAUUCUGGAAAGCUCAAGGACUUCUCUCCAGAAACUCGCAAAAAGCACAAGAAGAGCAAGAGACGAUUAAAGUCCUCCUCUACAGCGGAGACAUCUGCUCCACCAACACCUCUGCUAGUGACUCCAACGACGCCCUCCAUUUUUGAUGUUCAUUCCUCUUCGGAGUGCAAAACCAAGUUCGAUAGUUUUGAUGACCUUAAAACUGAGAGUACUUCGAUUUCGUUAGAGGUUUCAGCCAGUGAAAGGAGAAAGCACAAGGAAAGAAAAGAAAAGAAACGCGAGAAGUUGCGGAAUAUAACGGAGAUCAAUAGCAUCACUACUAUAGGCAAUUCGCCUACCAGCAAUGAUUUAAGUUCUGAAAAAUUAUCAAAGGAAGAACGACAUCGCCUAAAGAAGUCCAAAAAAUCGAAGAGCCUGGAUACAUCCUCUACCACAAAAAUAUACAACUCUGGUGGAGCUCAUCAUACUACUUCACCUCCCACGCCCACGUCUGCGCCUUUACUCGCUCAAACUUCUAAGAGAGGAGAUGAUAAAAUGGAGUUUAUCUUUGGCAUAAUUUCCGAUGAGGACGAGUCCCAGUUUCCAGAGCAAGUAGAAAUUAAUAAGGAUGUUAUGGCCAGCUGUGUUUCUACCACCGGUCCAAUCGUAUCAGCUGCGCUGCAAACCUACAAACAGGAGCCCUCUACACCUACCACCAAGAAUCAGGAAGCACUGAAUCCAUUGCCUGUGCAGAAGGAUGAGCAUCAACAGCAUCUGGAGAGAAGUCGACAGACGGGAGGCAGCAGCUCAUCUUCACAUGCAGAUAGGGAGAGGCAUAGGAAAGAGAAGCGCGAAAAGAAACGGCGCGAAAAAACUCAGCGAGAACUACAUCAUCAAGCACAGCAGCAAUCCGCGAAAGUUGAGACUAAAGUGGAUGAUGAUAACAGCGUGGACAUGGAUGAAGCAGGACGAGCUCUAGAGGCUCAACUUAUGAUUGACUUUGACAGCAAGACUAAUCCAGAGGAAGUCACUCCAUCUACAGCCGCCACCUACAGAUCAGAUAUGGCAGAUGUGUUCCGAUUCUCUGACAACGAAGACAAUCAAUCAGUAGAGAUUGUUAAACAGGGUCCCAAGCAGGAGCAGCAAGAGCAGCAUAAGAGCAAAGACAAAAAGAAGAAGAAGAAGCGAUCCAAGGAGGAGAAACAAGAGAAAUUGAUGCUACAGCACCGUAGGGAAUCAUUGCCAAGUGUAGCUCCCACCCUAUCCGCGCCUCCUACUCCUGGAAAGCUGACUGUCAACGUUCAAGCUGCUAGCAAGCAUGCAGAAGAGCAGUUGGAUGCUAAGCUGGUUUCUUCUCCACCCUUAUGCAAGCCAUCUCCUAGUUUACCAUGUCUAUUAGGCGACGAUGACGAAGAUCUGCUGACCACCCCGAAGGGGAAGCCUCAGACCCCCACGAGUCGUGGCAGUGAUAGUCUCACUCCCUCGCGCGAGAAACCCCGCUUAAUUAGUCCUAUACCAAAAACUCCAACUAUAAACAACAGCUCCAUGCUGUCCACUCAGUCUGCAGAGACUCCUGUGAGCAGUGGAGCUGGGGUAAAUUCCUCUUCUGCUCUGGCCACUACGCCAACAUCUUCAACAGCAGUGGCAAAUAGUGCAGCAGUAGUAAUUGCAGCGGCAGGAGUGGAGAGUUCUCCUACAAGUGUCUCAUCUGUAAACAAAAAGAAGGAUAUCUUUAUACCCGGCUUUGACGGACAGAUGGAUGAUAGAAUAAGCGAAUCUGCUGUGCAAUCUAUUUCUGCAGAGUUUACUUCAUCUGUUCUCGAUAACCUGACAGAUGAGCCGAAAAUUCCAGUCGCAUCGCCCCCGUGUACCACUAAAAUUGUGGACAAGCUUGAAGAUAGCAAGUCCCGCGUGACCAUCUCUCAGGAAGAGACUGAAAGUGCCGUAUCCGCUUUGUUGGGUGAAAGUUUUGGUACUUCCUCCACAGCUGAUUACUCACUCGAUGGCAUGGAUGAAAUGAAUUCGGUAAGUGAGAUAGAAACUCCCGCUCUAGUAAUAGCAGAGCCCGAUGAAGAGGCAGCUUUAGCGGCUAAGGCCAUUGAGGCAGCUGGGGAGCCCGCAGCCAUCCUGGAGGAGCCAGAAAUGGAGCCCGAAACAGAGCCUGAACCUGAACCGGAACCGGAAACGGAAUCAGAACGGCCCGUUGAAGUCUUGGAUCCCGAUGAAAUCAACAAGGCGGUGCAAAGUUUAAGGCACGAGGAUAUGAUGGACAUCAAGGCGGAUACACCGCAAUCUGAGAGAGAUCUGCAGAUUGAUACCGACACAGAAGAAAAUCCUGAUGAAGCUGACAGCAGUGGACCUAGUCUAAAGAUUGAUGAAACUGUGCAAAGCUCUUCGUCUCCGGAAAAGUCAUUCAGCAAUACCAGUUCCUUUGCCAGAGACACGUCGAAGUUAGACUUACCUCUGGAAGAGUCGAAACCCAAGCCCAGUAUUGAGACCGUACCGCAAACUUCCGUGAUCACCAAGCUGCCAUCCUUAGAGACACAGAAGAAAUCACCUUUAGCUGGAUCCGGCUUAUCCUCUUCCCCUGCUAAGAUUGAACCUCCAACCAUCAGUAAACUACAACAACCUUUAGUCCAGCCUGUGCAGACCGUUUUGCCAGCCCCCCAUUCAGCAGGAAGCGUAGUAAAUUCAACUCCCGUCAUCAGCCUAGAUCUGUCCAAUGUAAUGAACAAUUGCUCUAACUCCAGCGCGGCGUCUACAACAGCUUCAGCUUCUGCAUCGAUCUCAUUUGGAAGUCCAACUCCAAGUCCGAAUAUUAUGCCACAAGCUUCGACUCCCAAGCAGGCUCCGUUAGCACCGCAACAAACUCUGCGAACACAAUCGUUGAUAAUGCAACCACCAACGAUAUCCAUACCGGAACCGACACCUCAUUUCGUAGUUCCUCAAAUGGUUCUGUCUCCACAUCAGCAGUCCCAUCACCCCCAACAACCUGGAAGUUAUAUGGUUGGCAUUAGGGCUCCUUCUCCACACAGUCCACUUCAUUCGCCAGGACGAUGCGGACCCCAAAACCGCUUGGUAGGUCAACUGAGUCCAGUUGGGCGACCUGUGGUAAACCAGCCAGCAACACAGUCUCAGCCACAGCAACAACAUGCGCUGAUGACUAGUCCACAAGGUAGCAACAUAAGUCCAUUGGCAAGUCCAACAGCUCGAGUUUUGGCUGCCAACAGUUCUCCCACUGCCAAUAAACAAAUCAAUUACCAGCCCAGAAACCAACAGCAACAACAACAGCAGGGGUCACAGCAACUGUCACCCAAAUCUGUAAUUGAUCUGCAGCCUUCAUCACAGUUAAUGCCGAUUCCCGUCCAAAAAAUGCCAGCGAUGCCAGUGCCUCAUCAUCCAACCAUUAUCAGCAAAGUAGUUACCGUGCAGCCACAACAGGCCACCCAAUCCCAAGUGGCUAAUUCGCCUCCACUAGGCAGCUUGCCGCCUAACAAGAACAUUCAUGUGAAUGCGCAACAGCAACAUCAUCAGUCCCACCAGCAGCAACAUUCGCCGCAGUUAAUGGCCAAGAUGUCGGCGCAUCAGCAACAUCAGCACAUGCAACAGUUUAUGCAUCAGCAGAUGAUACAGCGACAACAACAACAACAUAUGCAGCAACAACAACUUCAUGGUCAGACGCAGCCAUUAACGCCAGCUAUUCAUCACCAAAUUCAGCAACAGCAUCAGGCCCAGCAGCACCAUCAAGCACAGCAGCAACAUCAGCCACAACAACAGAACCAAAACCAGCCACAGCUGAGCCAGCAACAUCAUUCUCAGCAACAACAUCAGGUUCAGAAACAGCUUCAGGCUCAGCAACAGUUCAACCAACACCAGGCACAUCAGCAAAUUCAGCCUCAGCAGCAGCAGUUGAACCAGCAACAACAAUCACAGCAACAGCAAUUGCAGCAAAUACAAAAAUUACAACAGCUCCAUGGUCCUCAACAGCAGCAACAGUCGCCUCAGGGAGCCGCUCAAUUGGGAGCUCCACCGUCUAUGUUUGCAUCACAACAACAUCAUCCGCAGCUUCCACCAAGAAGUGUUACUCAGCAACAACAUCCUCAGCAAUUGCCUCACAGUCCACCCAGCAAACCUAUAGGUCCAGUGGCCCAAGUCCCUCAGCCUACAACAAUAUUGUCCCGAGUUGGACCGCAAUCACAGGCACACCAGCAGCAACUACCGCCAGGACACCAGAAGCAAUUGUCUUCGCCAGUAGGAAAUCUUUCUCUUCAAGCGCCCCUUAAUGUAAUUCCCAAUACCCCAAAAUUGAUUGUCCAACAGCAUAUUGUACCUCCACCAAACCAAAUUGCACAACCACCAACCUCAACGAAUGCCAUACACUAUCACCCAAACCAGACCAAGGAGAGUCCUGCUCCUGGUCAUGUGGAGCUUACACCGGCUAUUUUAUCCCUAAAAACAUCGGAAAGUGUCUCAGUGAUUCGUACACCCACCCCAACCACCAGUUCGGCGGUAGUCUCACCGAAGCCUGGAGCCUCAUUGUUAACGGAGGAGAAUCUAAUAAAGAUCUCACAGCCGAAGCAUGAUGAGCUUAUCGAACAGGAUUCUAAAGAAGUAGACAGCGAUUACUGGUCAGCUAAGGAGGUGAAUAUUGACAGUGUGAUCAAGAAACUCGAUACUCCAUUGGCUACUAAAGAUGACAAACGGCUAGUGGAAAUGCAAGCAGUUGCAUCGUCUGGUAUUUUGAAACCGCAGCCUGUGGAACAUUCUGUCGCCCAAGAGUCUUCUAUGCCCACUCCUUCAGUGAAUGUGAACAGCUCUAACGAUCACGACACGGAGGACGAGACGGAAACCAAACAAUUGCCGCCUACAAAGCCUGCCGUACCCACUGUUGGCCGACCACCAGGCAGGGGAGGCAGCGGCAAGCGGGGACGUCAACCGAGAGGAGCAAAGAAGCUGGGAGGCUUCCCUCUUAAUUCAGCAACAGCAACCCCUGGAGCGGAUUCUGGAUUUGUAUUACAACCAGGUGACAAUGGAGUCCAAACCAGACUGAGGAAACCAGUGACAGCUCCGGUGACCAGAGGCAGAAAAGGACGCCCUCCUAGGAAUCUGUUACUGCAGCAACAGCAACUUCAGCAACAGCAGCUCGAUCUCCAAAGAAAGGCAUUGGAAAUGGUAGCUGCGACCACCCCUGCAGAUUCACCACCAGCAGUUUCGAUUCCUCCCAGUCCUGUACUCACUGCUGCUGAGAAAAAGGCUAGAAAUCAAGCAUUGACUCAGGCGCAAGCCCAAAAUCAAGUCGCGAGUCAAGUUGGAACUAGUCAGGAUAUCUACGAAUUUCAUGAUGACGCUGGUGAAGAGCCAAAGGCCAAAUCUAAUUCUACUAUAACUCCACCUACAGAGGACCAGCGACCAAGACUUAUUCUCACCAUCAACAAAACCCAACCCUCGAUAAAGAAUAGUACUGAACUGGAACAGCCUAUGCAACAACAACUCCAGCAGCCGGACGCUGCAUUACAAAUUGAUCCAAUCGGAGGGGACAGCUCCGAGUCCAGUAAUACACGCAAAUCACGCCGUCUACAGGAAAAGGAGGAUCGCAGUACAGUAGACGAUAUUAUCGAGGAUGUGGUGCGAAAUACAAACACCCCAACUGGAUCAGGUCAGCAACUGCCAAAAGGUGCGCAAACUCCACCACGACGUUCUGGCAGAAAUACGCAGGCCAAGAAGAUCGAUGCUGCACUUCCUGCUAACACGGUUGGACGUCCAAGACGUUCAAAGGACAGGAAGACCAUUGGCGAGCCGCCAGUAAGCAUGAUUGAGGAGACAAUCGCACCCAAUCCAACUGCACCGGCUCCUGCAUCUAGCCUUCUGCAGCCAUCUGAAGCAGUUUGUGCCCAGUCUCACUUGCCACAAUUGGAUAGUAAAGAAGUGGAACCAGUUCCAGUUGCAACAUCCAUUCCUACUCCUGUUGCGGUGACGGUCCCGGUUCCAGCACCUGCGCCUGUUGUGGUCCCUUCAAAACCUACAAUCCCGCAACAUCCCAAGAAGAAAGCUAUUGCUGCAGCGGAGAUUGAAUCCUAUCAGGCUAUCAAUUCAUCAAUUCCUAGCACAGGAUUGCCAAUGCAUCAGACAGCCGCACCUGCUACUCAAAAGGUUACUGGCGGGGCAGCAGAUGCGGUCAGCAAAGCUCUUGUGGACCCCGUUACGGGAGUGAUCACCGCAGGAAUGCCCCAGGGCAAGGAGGGCAAUCUGCCAGCAGCUACUGCUGCUGCUCCUGCCAACAGUAACAAUGAAACCGUUUCAACUUCCGGCCAGCAGCAACAUCCGCAGCAAGCACCACUGCAACAAGGCAACUUGCAGAUUAGUACUACUGUGAUUGCAUCUGGCGCCCAAACUUCGAUAACAGCUUUGGGAAAGUCUGUGCCAGUUGAGUCCGCGGCAGCAACUGCUCUUCUCAAUAAACCGGUGAGUGUUUUGGUAAAAGGAAACCCUACCUCGCAGGUAAUUCAGCAGCAACACCAACCACAGAUGGUAGCUCCACCAAAACAACCAAUUGUACUGCAGCAGAAUACCCUUUCCACUGUUCUCCAGCAUGCACAGCACAGCAAUGUAAGAGCACCUCAGCCACUUAAGGCUCAUGUGCUGAACAGAGAAAAGAAUCUUCAGCAGCAACUGACCCCCACAAAGCAACCAUUGACUCAACCCCAACAACAGCAACUAUCGCAUUCUGGGCACAUGUUGCAUACAGAUUCCUCAGGAGCUCAACAAGUAUUGCAGCCCCAGAUAAUUGCACGUCACCUGCAACAGCAGCAGCAACAACUUUUGCCCAACGCUCCACCAACAGCGCACUCGCCAAGGAUUACGGGUCAGCAGCAACAAUUGGGACCAGGAGCUACCUUAAGUCCCCAACAGCAGCCACAAACGUUGGUGAUCAAGCAGACAACUUCAGCAACACCACCGCAGAUAUUGCACGUGGUGAGCUCCAAGGCUUCAGUUGUUUCGCAGCCGCAGCAGCAGCACCCACCAACCACUUCAUCAACAGGGGCUCAUAUGCAGCUGAGCAAGCCCAAUUUUGGCUACACACCUUCAGUUUUGCCACCCACUUCGUCUGCACCAGUUCAGCAGCAGCAGCAACAGCAUAUGUACAAGCAAGCGAAUCAGCAGAAGGGAGCACCGGUGCAACUUCCAUCUCACGGCUUAAUAUUGCCCAGCCACCCUGGAAUUCUGAUGCAGCAGAAACUACCAGCACAUCUGCAGCCUCAGCAGCAUCAGUUGACUCCUUCGCCGCCACCUGGAAAGCCAAAUCCCGUAGUUCACGGCCUACAAACUGGACAGAUUAUACCAGGGAGCGUAGGCAGUCCACCGCCGGUAUCAGCGGCAGUCUUUAAAUCUGGUCAGCAACAGGUCAACUCCGCCGUAGCACCAACUGGAAUACGAACCUCCAUUCCAAACAUAAGUCCGCAGGGCCAGCCAAGGGUAUCGCCCUUGGUUUUACCACCUGGAAUGACCGGAGUGCCCUCUUUCGACACCAACUUGCAUGAUCUGGGCGUUUACGUCAGUGGGCGGCGAACGCAAAGUCCGCCUCCAGCUCAUCAGCAGGCAUCGCCCAUAACACCGAACGAUUCCACAUAUCGCGGAGUGACUGCUUCCAGGGAUUUCAUGCUCUACCAGCAUCACUUGAUGCGCGGUGGCGACUACGAUGACAAGCUGAGCAACAGUCCGCCGUUAGAGUUACGACGCCCUGGCAGUGGACCUCCAAGGGCUAUCGCAGUGCCACACAGUUUGCAGAGCCCUCAGGAUCGCACUGCGGCUGACUCGCCGCAAAUGGCGCAGGUAUACGUACACAAUUCCCGGAUUCCGCCGGCUCAUUUUAGCGAAAUUGCCUCGCGAGGCUUAUACGAUAGUGGCUUACAGCUAGAACCACCGCCGGCCCAUCGACCGUCUGCAUCCAUUAGCGUAGUGGUCCCACCACAAAUGCCUGCCGUCUCCACAGGAAGUCCAUUUAUAGGACGCGAUGGCAGCGUGCAGCCGGGAAGCCACCUUCACCCGAGCAAGGCAAUAGAAAUGCAACUGGAUGAGAUGGACCGCAUGUCUAUUAUCGCCGCUGUCGUCAAACAACAGCAAGAGCAUCUACCAACUGCUCUACAUGCUGGCAUGGAAUUAGCCGCCCAGCAAGUUCCGCCAACGAUGGCUCCACCACCGGGUGACUCGCUGAUCACUUUGCUGCAACGUUAUCCAGUCAUGUGGCAGGGUUUGCUGGCUCUGAAAACGGAUCAAGCCGCUGUCCAAAUGCACUUCGUGCAUGGAAACCCGAAUGUGGCAAGAGCGUCACUUCCUAGUUUGGUGGAGACCAACACGCCAUUACUGAGAAUUGCCCAGAGAAUGCGAUUGGAGCAGACUCAACUGGAAGGAGUUGCUAAAAAGAUGCAGGUGGACAAGGAGCAUUGUAUGCUUUUGGCUCUGCCAUGCGGAAGAGAUCACGCCGAUGUUCUGCAGCAUUCAAGGAACCUCCAGACCGGAUUUAUCACCUAUCUACAACAGAAAAUGGCCGCCGGCAUUGUGAACAUACCCAUUCCGGGCAGCGAGCAGGCGGCAUAUGUGGUACACAUCUUUCCGGCCUGCGAUUUUGCUAACGAAAAUUUGGAGCGCGCUGCUCCGGAUCUUAAAAAUCGCGUGGCCGAGUUGGCACACCUCCUGAUAGUCAUUGCCACUGUCUAAGUUACCGAACAUUCUAUGACCAUCAGAAGUUCAAAAAUAUCGGAAACGACGCGGUAAAUAUAACCGGAUGAUAAACCAAACAGAAGAAUUGUACCACAAAAGUUUAACUGGAAAAAAGAAACCAACAAAAACGAGUUUACGCUCUUCUAGUAUAUUAAGUAAUUUUAAAUAGCGAUUAAACAAGCAAAAGUUUAAAAAAGCAAAAGAAAACACAGAAGGUAAACAAGAAUGCGACAAUGCAAACUAUGGAAUAUAUGAUUGCAAUAGAAGCAGAUGAACGUUGAGGCCAAGAUCACAUCUAAACAUACAGAGGUCCGAAAGAGACCUCAAAACAAAGCAAAAGUAAUCCCUUCAAAUUCCGACACUUUGAAAGCAGAAGCAAAACGAUGAAAAUUUGUCUAACAUUAUUAACUCUCCCUAAUUUAAACUCUUAAAUAAAAAGCUUGCAAAGUAUCGUUAAGUUUGAUCUCAAGAAAGAAAGUUUUAUUUUUGCUUAAUUUAAAAGGAAAGAAACACACACUACACUAAAACCUACACCAUUACACAAAUUAAAAGAAAUGCUAAAGAAAGCUUACAACAUAUUAACUGUUUAUUGUACUACGCAUACUACUACCCAUACAUAAUAUUAAUAUCUGAUCCUAUCUCUAACACGACUAAUUUGAUUGGUGUAUAACUUUCGAAUAAUUCGAUAGGAAUGUUACUCCUCGGUGUUUUACAAAGUUUCCGCUUCCACCAACCAAUCGUUUAAUUUCUGACAGAUAUGUUCCUUGGCUUUAUGUAAUGCCUACUUGCCUAGUAAGUUAGUAUACAAGGCAAAGACGUGACAUAGACCCAAAGAACUUCAAAUGAGUCCGGACUGUCGCCAAUGCUGUCAUGCACAAUUAGGUUUAGAGAUGCGCCCAGAGGCUUUUCCUAAGAUACAUACACCCACAUAAAAACAUUAUGCAUUACAUAGCAUUAUUUAGACGCGUAUAUAAUUAUAAUCAAUAUGUUAAGCCAAAUACUUUAAAGCUUAAACACGUUUCGUUUCGUGUUCUUCUGCUCUGCGCCAGAGUUUCUUUUGUUCCCUUUAAAAAGUCAUAAAGAGUUUUUAGUUCUAAUCUAUUGAUCUUUUGUAUGUUGCCUUUAUUUCUGUAAUUUCUUGUAUAUCACCACCGCCACUGCCACAAAACUAAAUUUAAAUGUAGGCGUUUCGAUCUCCUUCCACUUUUAGCUAUUGAUGCGCGAAACUUUGUACAAUGCUGGGUAGUUUCAAGGGCCUCUUAUACCAUUAUGCUGGCACCCAGAAAAAUAUAAUAACAAGAACGUACCCCCUUCACAAUAUAAUACCUUUGUAGUACCCUCUCUGAACACUCCUUAAACUUAAUCGUAAGUUUUCACACGACUUGUAAAUUAUGUGACCGAAAGAAAAACAUGAAAAAGAAAAAAUACGAGUAAAUGAAAAAAAAAACAAAAAGCAACUGUAAAAUAUUUAAAUUAUUUAGACUCUAACAAGUAUGAUAUGUAAAUACAGUUUAAUUAGUGUUUAGUGCGUAUUUAGUUGUAUGUUUUAAAACUAAACUAAAAAAAACUGUACAUUAUAUAACACAUUAACAGUAGGAUUAUCGAUCAGAUCUACACGAGGUCACCAGAAACAAAAAGCUAUAAAGAAAAUAGUAAAAGGAGAAAUAAGCAGCAAGGAAAACGAACACAUUUUUCAAGUUGAAACAGAAGUAGCGCUGUUUAAUGUUAACGUAUAAGUUGUAUGAUUUAAGAGACUUUUUAGUUAUUUCUUAAGUUAAUUUGAAGAAACCAAUUAAAUUACACUUAUUUCGUA